AUCGUGUUUUUUCUUUAUUUUUGUAAUUGUGUAACAUUUCCCAAAGCUGAGAUCUGUACAUGUCUUGGCUGCACUCCUCCCGGGCGUCGCGCCCUCCGCACUAUCACCCAUUUUAGCCUGGGUCUAUACCUCGCUCUCAACUCUGCAUACUAGCACGAGCUGAAUCUUUCAACGGUUACACAUGACGCUGGGCUGUUAUGGGCGACGCUCCUCUUGCAGCUGGCUGAGCGACACGCCUCCCGAAGCCUCAUGCAACAGCGACCCUAAGCAGCGCACCGUUUUUAACGGUUUCUUUCUUUCUUUCAUGUGACCGAAGAAGGCCCGUUUAACGGGAGAUUUCGACGAUGAGUAGCUUCAUGAAUAUGGCGUGUAUUGGAGACUUUGACCCAUUCACCGCUGCCAUUCCCGCCACCAGAGUUGAGCUCACGGUGUCGUGUAGAAAUCUCCUGGACAGAGACACAUUCUCCAAAUCAGACCCAAUUUGUGUGCUGUAUACACAAGGAAUCGCCAACAGGGAAUGGAGAGAGUUUAGUCGGACAGAGAUGAUAAACAACACCCUGAAUCCAGACUUUGUCCGGAAAUUCACCCUGGACUAUUUCUUUGAAGAGAGACAGAAUCUACGAUUUGACCUGUACGACCUCGACUCGAAGAGCGACAACCUGUCUAAACAUGACUUCCUUGGCCAGGCAUUCUGUACCCUGGGGGAGGUGGUGGGCUCCAUGGGAAGCUGCGUGGAAAAACCUCUCAUUGGGAUUCCAGGGAAGAAGUGUGGUACCAUCAAAGUGAGAGCAGAGGAGCUGAGCAAUUGCAGGGAGUCAGUGAUGCUGCAAUUCUGUGGGAACAAGUUGGACAAGAAAGACUUCUUUGGGAAAUCGGAUCCUUUUCUGGUCUUCUACCGCAGUAACGAAGACGGAUCAUUUACUAUCUGCCAUAAGACCGAGGUGGUGAAGAACACUCUGGACCCAGUGUGGCAGGCCUUCAAGAUCCCUGUCAAGGCCCUGUGCAACGGAGACUAUGACAGGAGCAUAAAAGUGGAGGUGUAUGAUUGGGACCGAGAUGGAGGCCAUGACUUCAUUGGGGAAUUCAAUACCAGCUACAGAGAGAUGUCAAGAGGCCAGUCACAGUUUCACAGCUACGAGGUGGUCAAUCCAAAGAAGAAAGGCAAGAAGAAGAAGAAAUACCUCAACUCGGGAACAGUAACCCUUCUGUCCUGCCUGGUGGACAUGGAGCUCACCUUCCUGGAUUACAUUAAAGGAGGGACUCAGAUUAGUUUCACAGUGGCAAUUGAUUUCACAGCAUCAAAUGGCAACCCCUCCCAGCCCACCUCUCUACACUACAUGAGUCCGUACCAGCUGAAUGCCUACGCCAUGGCUCUGAGAGCUGUAGGGGAGAUUAUCCAGGACUACGACAGUGACAAGAUGUUCCCUGCACUGGGCUUCGGAGCUAAACUGCCCCCGGACGGACGGGUCUCGCACGAGUUCGCUCUGAAUGGGAACCCCCAGAAUCCGUACUGCAGUGGGAUAGAGGGGGUGAUGGAGGCUUACUACCAAAGCCUUAAGUCUGUUCGACUCUAUGGUCCCACACAUUUCUCCCCUGUCAUUAACCACGUGGCCAGGUAUGCACAAUCAGUCAAAGAUGGCUCCCAGUACUUCAUCCUCCUUAUCAUCUCGGACGGCGUCAUCACCGACAUGGCCCAGACCAAGGAGUCCAUCGUAAACGCAGCUACUUUGCCCAUGUCAAUUAUAAUUGUCGGAGUUGGACCAGCAGAAUUUAAUGAAAUGAUUGAGCUUGAUGGAGAUGAAGAGAGGAUCUCAUCCCAAGGGAGGUUCGCCGAGAGAGACAUUGUUCAGUUUGUUCCGUUCCGUGACUACAUCGACCGCAGGGGGAACCACAUUCUGAGUAUGGCCCGUCUGGCCAAGGAGGUCCUGGCUGAGAUCCCUGACCAGUUCCUCUCCUACAUGAGAACCAGGUGCAUCAAACCAGGCCUCUGCCCCCCUGCCUACAACCCUGCCCCCGCCGUGCACCCCCUCCUCACCCGACGGGUCAGCCGAAUCUGAGGGGUAAGCCUCCUCCGGAGCCUCUUCCUUUCUUGCUUCUUCUUCCUCACUGGAGUUUGACAAUGGCGGUCCGAAGAAGCCAACCGCCAUUUCCACUCUCUUGUUGCACUUUUGUGAAUUCUGACUUCCUCUCUGCAGAAAGGACAGCAAGGCAUUUUGCUUCUAUUUAAAGUGUCCCUCAGGAAGGACUUCCCAUGAGAUGUCAGAGGACACAGUUUACUGGUCUGACCCAGGAAGUGGGAGAGUGCCUAGAACUGACCAACCAGGAGCAGCAUCCAAUCUGUGAAGAACCAUUCAGAAGUACAUUUCUGUCUCUUAUUUCUAUGCCCUACUCUUCCUCUCAACCCCACUUUUGUCUCACCAACGGUCUCUUUCUAAAUGUUUACAAAGUUAAGGAUGAAGAGGAGGAUUUGUACUUGUGGAUAUACAGUUGAAGUCGGAAGUUUACAUACACUUAGGUUGGAGUCAUUAAAACUCGUUUUUC